AUGGCCGACAAGGAGAAUUCCGCCUGCGCCGCCGCCCCGCCGCGCCUCACCCGCGCCCAGGCCAAGCGCGCCGCAGCCGUCACGGCCGUCGCCGUCGCCGUCGCCGCCAAGCGCAAGCGCGUCGCGCUCACCGAGCUGCCCGCGCUCCCCAACGCCGCGCACGACGACGACGACUACUGCGCCAAGCCCGCCAGGAAGCAGCGCCUCCUCGAGCCCGAGCCCGAGUCCGAGCCCAAGCCCAAGCCCAGGGCCGCGCCCGCGUCCAAGGCGGCGCCUCCUCCCGCCGCGGACGGCGAGGAGGGGGACCCGCAGCUCUGCACGCCCUACGCCUCCGACAUCUACUCCUACCUCCGCUCCAUGGAGGCGCAGGCGAAGCGCCGCCCCGCGCUGGACUACAUCGCCGCCGUGCAGGUCGACGUCACGGCCAACAUGCGCUCCAUCCUCGUCGACUGGCUCGUCGAGGUCGCCGAGGAGUACAAGCUCGUCUCCGACACGCUCUACCUCACCAUCUCCUACAUCGACCGCUUCCUCUCCGACAAGGCGCUCAACAGGCAGAGGCUGCAGCUCCUCGGCGUCUCCGCCAUGCUCAUCGCCUCCAAGUAUGAGGAGAUCAGCCCACCGAAUGUGGAGGACUUCUGCUACAUCACCGACAACACCUACACCAAGCAGGAGGUUGUUAAGAUGGAGAGUGAUAUACUGAAUGUCCUCAAGUUUGAGAUGGGAAAUCCUACAACCAAGACGUUCCUGAGGAUGUUCAUCAGAUCUGCCCAAGAAGACAAUAAGAAGUAUCAUAGCCUCUCGCUGGAGUUCCUGGGAAGCUAUCUUGCUGAACUGAGCUUGUUGGACUACGGCUUGCUUCGCUUCUUGCCAUCACUUGUUGCGGCCUCGGUGGUGUUUGUUGCCAGGCUGACCCUUGAUCCACACACCAAUCCCUGGAGCAAGAAGAUGCAAACGCUGACAGGCUACAAACCAUCUGAGUUGAAGGACUGUGUUACUGCCAUACAUGAGUUGCAGCUCAACCGGAAAUGUUCAUCUAUGAUGGCGAUCCGGGACAAAUACAAGCAGCACAGGUUCAAGGGUGUAUCAGCAUUGCUACCUCCUGUUGAGAUCCCUGCACCAUACUUCAGGAAACUGAAGGAGUAGGUGUUCUUGCAUAAUCUAGCAAUGUCAAACACACUUUGAGCUUUCCUCAAGGAAGACGCGCAAUGAUGAGGUUGAGAAGUGACCUGUCAGUCCAGUUGGGGUACUGAGGGGUUCUUGAUGCUGCGUCUAGGCUCGAGGAGGAGCAUUUGGAGUUAAUUUAUUUGAAGUUGAAGCUCUGUAGUAGGCUAGACAUGUCAAAUCUUGUACCCAUGUAUCAUAAUUAUACAUUACAAUCAGAAGCCUUCUUUGUUGGGGGCACAAUUCCAAAAUUUUCAUUUAUUGGUCCUUGCACCAUUUUCUCCUUGAUCAUUUUUUUUCCCUCAUACAGUUCUAGUCCGGAACACAAAAGUAUCUAGUGGGUAGUUUUACACCAGAGGGCAGCUUAUGAAUGUAUUUAGAAUUCUAGAAGUUGGUAACACAAUAUGCAGAAAGUGAGACUCUUUGCACA